AACUUGUCAAAUGGUCACCGUAGAAAUUCCAUUCGUCAACGUUCCAAUGUGAGACCCGCCACCACCACUGUCCAAUAAAUGCACGCUUCAUCCUUUUCAAUCUUUCUCAAUUCUCACUUUUCAUUCUUGUUGAUAAUAGUAAUAACAAUUAUCCUAAUUCCUAUGGAUGUGAUGUCUGCUAACAGUAGUAACUGUGGAAAUGCUUCAAAUCCUUACCAUCAAUGCACACAAGCUUGUUUUCAAAAAACAAAGGGAAACAACAAAGCACAGUCUAAUAGAAAAACCAGUUCAAGUUAUGGGCGAAGUUUUACAGAUGGUGAUUUGGGCAAAAAGGUAAUUAAUGGAGAAAGACGAACUUAUCCUGGUUGUCCUAAAGCUUCUAAUCCUUAUCAUACCUGUGAUGCCAAUUGCAACAAAUCAUCAUCCAACUCAGGUGCUACUCCUCAUUCCAAGAUUGAUCCUAGGAAGAAGAUAGGUUCUAAGCCAGAACCCCCUAUUCUUCCAAGGAAAAAUGGGACAAUCAAUAAUAAUCUCUCCAAUGUUUCAUCAACAAAACCACAUCACUCUGAGAACAUUAAGAUAGAGUCAAAAGAGGAUGAGAUCAUUCCUUCUUCUGGACCAAUUUCUGCUCAAUUACACAUUCCACAUGUUAUGCCUAAAGAACAAGUUAAGGAUAGUGUUACUGAGGACAAAGUUGCUGCUUCUGAUGAAAUUGUUCCAAUUACUACUUAUUCUGUUGAAACUGGUUCAAAAGAUUUUAGUUUCUCUGACACUCCCGUUCCUCGCAACAACGACAAAGAAGUAGAUACGAGUAGUGACGGAGAGACGGAUAGUGUGAUAUCUGAAUCGCGUAUUCAAAUCGGAAAAUACAAUGUCAAAGAAAGUUUUGGUUCCAUUCUACAAACAAUACUUGAUAAGUAUGGUGAUAUAGGCGCAAGCUGUGAUUUAGAAUCGGUUGUUAUGCGUUCGUAUUACAUGGAAUGUGUAUGUUUUGUGGUACGAGAAUUACAAUCUUCUUCUGAUUCAUUAACUAAGUCCAAAGUGAAUGAAUUGUUGGACAUUGUCAAGGAUAUUGAAUCUGCUCAUCUUCGUGUCGCAUGGUUGCGUAACACGCUAGAUGAAAUUGCUGAAAAUGUUGAACUUAUUAGACAACAUCAGGAUAUGGAGAUCGAAAAGGCUAAUUAUGAUCGCGAAAUGGAAUCGUUGAGAGAAAAACUGGAAUCGGAGUUGGUAACAUUGGCUCAGAAAGAACAAGAGGUUGCUGAUAUUCAUAUGAGGAUUCCUGAAAUUAGAGAUCGUUUGAGAAAUCUUGAGCAGCUCAUGUCUUCUGGAUCAGAAAAUGAGCAAACCAUGUUGCCUAUCAAGUCCAAGAUUGAUCAAUUAUUAUAAUAAUGAUCAACCUGUUUUUCUUUUUUUUUAUUAAAUUAAUUAAAAAGUAAAUAAAAAUGGAUGCCAUGAACAUGAGGUUCUUUUAUUUUAUGUUAUUUGACUUAUUGCCAAUAUUAUUUGGCUCAUAAUGUUGCAACUUUCUAUCUGUGUACACAUUAUAUACUCAUGUAAAUUUUAUUAUAUUUAUUUUUUGUUUUAUGUUCGUUUCA